AUGGAAAGGCUGCAGAGACUUAUGAUGAACAGCAAAGCUGGUAUGACGGACGCAAAUCGUGAUGAUACUAAGGAAACGGUUUACAUCUCAUCAAUAGCAUUACUGAAGAUGUUGAAACACGGGAGAGCCGGUGUUCCAAUGGAGGUGAUGGGUCUAAUGCUCGGGGAAUUUGUGGACGAUUAUACGGUUAACGUUGUGGAUGUCUUUGCGAUGCCUCAAUCUGGUACUGGUGUCUCUGUUGAAGCAGUCGAUGAUGUUUUCCAGGCUAAGAUGAUGGAUAUGUUGAAACAAACUGGUAGAAACCAGAUGGUCGUUGGAUGGUACCAUUCUCACCCUGGUUUUGGGUGUUGGCUGUCGUCCGUGGAUGUUAAUACGCAGAAAUCAUUCGAACAAUUGAACAGUAGAGCUGUAGCUGUGGUGGUAGACCCUAUCCAAUCUGUUAAGGGCAAAGUGGUUAUUGAUGCUUUCAGAUUGAUUGAUACGGGAGCUUUAAUAAAUAAUCAAGAACCAAGACAAACGACAUCGAAUGCAGGUCUUCUGAAUAAGGCUAAUAUCCAGGCAUUGAUACAUGGUUUGAACAGACAUUACUAUUCAUUGAACAUAGAUUAUCACAAGACACCAACAGAAACUAAGAUGCUCAUGAAUCUGCACAAGGAGCAAUGGCAAUCUGGGUUAAAAAUGUACGAUUACAAGGAAAAGGAGCAGGAGAAUUUGGAGGCUACUCAGAAACUAGUUAAGAUUGCAGAACAAUAUUCCAAAAGAGUCGAAGAAGAGAAGGAAUUGACUGAAGAACAAUUGAAGACUCGUUAUGUCGGUAAGCAGGAUCCUAAGAAGCAUUUGGCUGAAACUUCUGAUGCAGUAUUGGAAAAUAACAUUGUAUCUCUGUUGACCGCCAGUGUUAACUCUGUGGCUAUUAAAUAG